CCUAGCAGAAAGUGGGGAAUCAGCCAGAACUUGCAUUCCUACGGACUGUCUCCAAUGGAAAAAACAGGGAAAGCAGAUGGUUGUUGCAAAGCAGCAAGGACAAAGUCCUGCACAGAUCUGAACCUGUCAUCUUGAAAGGUAAAUUCUGAGUGUGCCACCCCCUUGCUCAAGCCAUCCUGCCGCUGCACACUUCAUAUUUAAGAUAUUUCCAUCACUAUUUUAUGAACAAUUGGAGGUUUACACGUCAAUUCAUGCUUUACCGUAGGAAUCGUGAGGCUGAGAAGUUGACUGAAUCCAGAUGUUAGAACUGCAUAUUCACAUACCAUCACAACCAGCAACAUCACAGGCAGGAACAGUAACAGUGAGGACAAGAGGGAAGACACCUGCAUUCAGAUAGAGCGUGGAAAAGCUGUGCAAUGCAUAGUCAAGAUGCAGGAAGAGGAGAGCACGACUGGACGAAAUCAGUUCACAGUGCGUGCCAAGGCUGGGCGCCGCUCUCAAAGGGUCAGCACGUACCACCAGAGAGAAGCGCAGAGGAGCAUGUUCGAUUUGGCAAGUUUUACAGCUGUUCCCUGUCUCCCUCAGUCUAUGCUUACAACUCAGACACAUUUGGUACUGCCUGGAUAUGAGAGUGCUACAGGAAUGACAGCUCUUUCACAUAAUUUGCCCCUGAGCUUCCUCUUCAUUGUGCCAAAAAGAAGGUGGACAAAGCUUUGGCUGUUUUUACAGAACUAGUCUGACAGCCGGACAAAAAGAAGCUGCAUAGAGCCCACCGUGCUUGCAAAACCUCCAGCAAGAGAAGUUUUAGAUGCUUCAGAGAGAGCAUUCAAACAAAAACCUCCCUCAGCAUGAAAUUCAGCUCAUCCUGUUUGAGCACUAACUGCAGGCCUUCGAGAAGAAAGCAUCCUUUCCUCCAGUCGGAUCUGAACACCGCAGACACCAGAGCAGGAUUUACAAAUAUGUGUGGGAGAUUUGUGGCUUCAUGGUCUUUAACUACUGCUUUAAAGACAGGAGUAGUGUGGUUUAACCAAGCAGGCAGCCAAAGACCACACAGCCAUUCACUCCCUCCCCUCCUGGCUGUGGGAUGGGGGAGAGAAUGAAAAAAAAAGGUAAAAUUUGUGGGUUUAGAUAAAGACGGUUUAAUAGGACAGAAAAGGAAGGGAAAGUAAUAAUACUAAUGAUAAUAUGAUGACGAUGAUGAUAAUGCGAAGCAAGUGGUGCACAGUGCAACUGCUAACCACCCGCUGCCGGAUGCCCAGCCAGUUCCCGAGCGCAGCACUAGACCAGCUGCUGGAAGAAAAUUGACUCUUUCCCAGAUGACACAGGACAAAUAGAGAAAAAUGGGAGACAGAAUGGGCUUUUUGGCAUUGCCUGGUCCUGUGCUUUUAGUACGUGGUACUUAAAAAAUGACCAACACUGAUGGCUGGUCCAUCAUACUGGUACAAGAAAUGCAAGGCCUUCCAUCAGAAAAUCCUGAAGACACUGGUAUUAGCAUUGAAAUGAAAAGCAGAAAAUAUAUCAAGGAAAAUAAAAAGAAAAAUAAUGACGGAAGAGAGCAGGUUCUGCACAAACUGGUCAGGUGUAAUCUUUGUCACCAAAGCAUGCAGCAGUGCCAGUUGGAGCACCAUGAGACCGAGGAAUGCCACGAGCGGGCAAUGAAGUGUGAGAUCUGUGAGCUUGAAAUGCCCUUCAACAAGCUGCAGGAACACUUGAACGCCUGCGCCAGCCGCACCGAGUGGUGUUGGGAGUGUAACAAAUACAUCAUGUACAAAGACCAGAACAAACACAAAGAUAUUUGUCAGAACGGUGGUCUGUCCUACCGUAAGGAUGUGGACUUUCAAACCAGUGGCACAUCCACUAAUGCAACAUUUAUUUGCCCCACAGGUACUGGUGGCAAUCUUUGUCAGAAGUGCAAUAAGUCCUUCUCAGAUGACCAGUACUCCCAACAUCUGAAUAAAUGCAGUGCAGCCCAUCAGCUGACAGAAGUUCUUGCUGACCAGUCAACUUCAAAAUUCAGCAGUGAUCCACCAGAGUCGUCUUCCUCCCUGGCUGCCUCUUCCUGCUCCAAGAAUGCGACGGCGUGGACAGAUGUCCGUCCCAAAGGGAAAAGGGACCAGCCACUGACCUCCAAAACCUUGCUCAAACCCAAAAAGAACAAAAAGGUUGGCUUUCCCUCUCCCACAAGAGGCGGACUUUCCACACCACCUCAAGCUCUCAAGGACACCCAGUCUUUUGACAUGCUGGUGGCCUGUGCCCAUUGCAACAUUCUUCUGCCACUUCCAACCCUUCAGAAACACGAGAUCAAAUGCCUACAUUUGACAUCUUUGAAAAAUGCUGGGAUGAAAAAAAAAUAGAGCCAUGGAGAAAAAGAAGACUCUGCAGCACUCAGCGUUAACCCUGGAAAUCGGGAAGUUAAGGCACGUCUUCAGAUUGAAGCUUCAACUCAGCGUUAGCAAAAGGCACUGAAAGUGCAAUAGCUUUAUCGACAAAUAAAAGUGACUUGCUACUCUGGAUCAAGAACA